AGAAAAUUGUAAAUAGCUUGGCUCAAAAAUAGCACAAGUUUGUAUGCAAGGACUUGUAAAUUAUGCAAAGUUUGUUAAUUAUUGACAAGCUUUUAGUUAUUUAUUAGUAAUAAUUAAUAGAGAAUAAUUAAUAGUUAAAUUGAAAAGAGAAUCAAAAAUAAUUCGAAAAUACAUUUGCUAUAACCUUUUUUUUUAUUGAUCAGUCAAGCAAAAAAUAUCUAUAAAAUAAGAAUGAAUCAGGUAAAUAGCGUAAUGGUUGAUAACUAAAUGCUGCAAUCCUUCUCUGAUUGCCUUGAUUUACAACUUUUUAUGUAGCAUCAGUAAGAAGAAAAAGUAAAAGAAAAUUAAAUGUUCUACAAGUAUUUACAAAAUUAAUUGCAGAUUUUGACUACAGACUUAGAGAACGAUAAUAUUUAAAAAUAAAUGCCAAAACAGAAUAAAAAUGGGAUCACUAUAAAUAAAACACCUUAAAGUUAGUAGAGACUAAACAGAUAUUUAGAGAUGAAAAGCAUUAUAGAUAUAAAUUUUAAGUAAAAUAUAUCAUUUUACAUCAAAUAGAGAGAAUUGAUUAAGUUGCUUAAAGAGAGGUUAUAUUUUGUCAACUCUAUGAUAGCUAAUAAAAGAUAGGUUUAUGAAAUAGAUUUAGAAUCUUAAGAGACAAGAAUUUUAGUUAGAGAUUACUUUGAGUUAAAAGAGGAUAAUCCAGAGUUAAAGAAUAAUAUCAACAUUAAUAAUAACUUAUCUGAUAACUUAAAUAAUUGUGAUUUCUUUUCAGAUUCAUUUGAUUAAUCUAACAAAGCAGGUGAAGAUGAUUAAGAUAAGAUGGAUGACUGGAUUAGAUCUUUUAAUGAUAAAGUGCAGAAUUAUAAUUUGAUAGAAGUUGAUUUUGGAUUUGAGGAUAUUAAAUAAUAAGAACAAUCUUUUGUUAAUUCUUUGCAGUGGAUUGUAUCAGGCAUGAACGGUAUUUAGCUCAGUGAAUCGAAUAGUUCGAAUUAGAUUUUAGAAUAAAAUUAAUUACAAAACCAAAAGCAGGAUAUUUUUUAAUCUUCUUUUCUUCAAGACAUAGAAAAUGAUAAUUAGAAUAAAUAUAGCAAAGAAAAUCUAGAGCCAAUUAAAUUGAACAAUUAAAAUGAUUCUAUAAGUAAAAAUCGUACUCAAAAUAACAAGAAUUAAAUAUAUAUAGAGAUAGAAAGUAAAGAAGAUAUACAAGAGAAUGAGGAAAUUGAAGAGGAAGAAGACUAAGUUGAAUAGGAAAAGGAAAAUAAAUAAGCAGUAAAAUCAAAACCUUAAACUCCUUCUAAAUUAAAAGAAAAAAUGUCAUUCGAAAAUGGUGGUAGUAGAGGAGUAAUUACAAGAUCAGCAUCUAAGAAGUUAGUUUAAAUUAGUCCAGAGCAAUAAGUAAAAAAUUAAAGCUAAGCUCAAGAAAAAGCUAAUAUUUGGAAUGAUUCUUGUAAUUUGUAAUAAAUGGAUAAUGCAAUAUUUAUAUCUAAUUCGAUUGAAUAAGAAAACUCUCCUCGAAAGGGAAAUACGAUUUUAUAAAAAGAAUUAUUGGAAAUACACUCCAACUCAUCUUCACUAAAUAAUGUUUAAAAAGAGCAGCAGAGUAAAGAAAUUUAACUUAAAAAAAUGUUAAAAAAAGAAACUAUAAAUGAAAAUAGCUAAAUACCUUAAAAAUAAGUAUUAAAUAACAAAAAUGAAGGUUUAUAAAUGAAAAAAACUAUAUAAAUAAUAAAACAAAGCGACAUCGCUUCUUCCUCAAUCAAACUAAAUAAUAUACCACCGAAUAAUAGUAAUAUAAAUUUAAAUUCUUAAUAAUAGAAGUCUCUCUUAUCAAAAGUCAAAAAUGAGUUUAGUCAGCCAGUACCUAGAAUAAGCAGCGGUUAAGGAUUGAGUGUAAGUAAAACAAUAAACAAUGAUGCAAGCAAUAAAAGCAAGUAAAUUUCAAAAUAAAAACAAGAUCAACAAAUGGAAUUAGAAAAGGAAAUAAUAAUAAUAUCUCCUUUAGAGACAAACAUCAUGAGUUCUUCAGGAAUAUCCUCAUAGAGAAGCCCAAAUAACAGCUGUAUCAUAAUAAAGCAAAAUAAAAUUGGUAAAAGAAUAAUAAAAGAAGAUAAAAACUCUCCAAAUUCGCACAUCUCGAGAGACAAUCAUAAAAUAAGUAGCAAUGGAUCUGCUAACAACCAAGCAAAAUAAAAAAUAUAAAAAAGAAAAAUUGUAAAGAGUUGAAAUAAUUUACCUAGCAAACUAGCUAGCUAGCUACCAAACAAAUAAACAAAUAAAUAAACAAAAUAUUAUCCUCUUCUUAUUAAAAGAAAUAAUUUAUAAUAGAAAAAAUACUUCAUGUAAAAUAUUGCUGUACAAAAAUAAAUAAUGGAAAAUUUACUUACUUACUUAUUUACUUUAAGACUUAGUCAGUUAUUUGCUUUUUAUUCAUAAUAAAAACAAGAUCGAUUUGUAAUUUUAAAAUGAUUAGUUUACAUCAGUCAGUCAAUAUCAAAAAAAUAAUCAAUUUAUCAAUAAAUAGAAUAACUAAAAAUCAAUCUUUCUACCGAAUAUAAAAAUUAUGAAGAAGUGAAUAUUACUUUAAAAUUAAUUUAAAUGAAUAAUCUAAUACAAUUCUAAAAUUUUUUUCAAUAAAUAAAUAAAUGUAAAUUGAAAUCUAAAAAAUUAAUCAAUUAAUGAAUGAAUGAACGAAUAUGUAUUUAUAGAAUAUAAAAAAAUAAACUAUGUAAAUUAAUUGUAAUUAUUUAAUCAAUCAAUAAAUUAACAUUUUUGUUUUAUAUUAUUUUAAUUUUACAUAAAAAUGUUUUCAGUUACCAUCUGAGACUCCCCAUUUAUAUUUUUUCAUUUCAAUUUUACUAACCCAUUCGUCAAUUAUUUUAUCUGUUGAUUGCUCUUGAGAUCCAUCAUUUAAUAUUUAUUUAUAAAAUUAAACUGCUUCAUUAUAGGCUUUAGUUCCCUCAUUAUUAAAAGUGUAAUACACUAUUUCUGUUACAUUUGCUAAAUAAGCUGCAAGGUGCUAAACUAUCCCAAUUAAUACCAUGUUGUUUCCAAAAGCUCCACAUCCCCAAUUUCCUGUAUGAAUAAUAACUUCAAUGUUAAUGUUUUUAGAUUCUUUUUACGAAAAUAUUUUUGCUUAUCUAAAAGAUAAGUAAGCAGUUUAAAGUAAUGUUUUAAUUUAUUUUAUUGUGUAACAACCAAAGCCAUUCUGCAAAGCAGCCAUAGCUAUUAAAUUUGUGCUUGUAGGUUGAUCGAUGAUUUCCAUUCGUGUACUAAUUUACUGAUAGUUAUAUCUUUAAAAGUUAUUUCCGUAGAUUCCAGUUGGUAUUUAUUGAGUAGGAGAGAAGUUAAAACGGACUUAAUGAGGAAUAUUAUAAAGGAUUAUUGGAGUUGCUUAAUUUAAAUCAAUAGUUUUAGGAAUAAAUAAUUUAUCUUUCUUUAAUUUCAUGGCUCGAGAAACAGGAUAUAGUAAUGGAUGUUCAGCACACUAGAUUUCAUCUUAUGCAAAAAGUGAAGAGAGGCAGAACCCAAAUAACUCAAUAUCUGCAAAAUUAACAUGCCAAUGGAUUUAUUUAUUAUCUGAGGGUUGAUCAUAGCAAAAAAUUGUUUAUUUGUGACUCGAUAUUAAUUUGUGCUUAUCUAGUUUUGGAUACAUUAAAUUUUUAACUGUCCUAUUAAUAAUAACAGACUAAUCUUAUUAAUUGUUACUUUAGAUUAAUCCAAUGCACUAAUUUGCUAUUUAUUUUUUUACAUUGCUCUUAAAUUACAAUGUGUGAAAUAUUUUUAUUAAAUCUUAAAAAGUGAAAGAAAAUUGAAUGGUACUACUAUUAAAAUCUUAAGUAAAGUCUUCAUAAUUUUAAUUGUUAUUUUAAGAUUAAGUUAUAUGGUUAUCCUUAUUUUGAUAUAUUUUGUCAAUUUCAUUAUAAACUUAAUCUAAAUUUACUUAUCCUAUAUUUGUUUGAGGAACAUUAUUUAUACUAUUAAACAAAUGCGAAUACAUAUUAUUUUGCUAGCUUUAUAUGUUUUAAAUUUAAAAAGUUAUAUUUUGAUUUAUAUUUUAAUUUGAAGGAUUUUGUUUAUUUUAAGAAAGUUGAGUGUUAAUUUGAUCAUUUUCAAGUUACUACUUACUAUUAAUAGCAGAUGUCUAGAGUUUAAUUUACUAAGUUUCCAAAUGCUAAUUAUUUUCAUAAUGAGUUUAGCUUAGUUAACUUUUAUUUUAAAUUUGUUAAUUUAAGCUUGAAAUACCAUUUUAAUUAUUUAUUUAAGAUAAUUAGUUCAAAUGAUUUUACUAAUUUGGGUUUUGUAGAUUGAUAUUUAGUUAAUAAGGAAUUAUCUAGGAUUAAUUCUUAAUUAUAUCCUUCUCAGAAAUAUGUUAUGGCUAAUUAUUAUUUGAAUUGUGGAAAUGAAAAAUCUUAUUAUUUUAAAUUGAGUCAGUUUAAAUUUAAUCAGUUUAAGCAUUUUAAUUGACAUUUUAAGAUUGUAGAUUAAAGAUUUUGUUUGAGUGAAUUUAUUAUCCAUUAGUUUAAUAUGGUUGUUAAUUACUAUUUUAAUGCUAUGAAUAUGGGCUUUAGUUUGGUAUAUUUUACGAAAUGUUCUAAUCCACGUAGCCACUUUUACUACUUUAACUUUAAUGAAUUUCGUUUUAAAUAGUUUAGUUCAUUUUUUAAUUAUUUUGUGAAUUAGGGUUUUCGUUUGGUAUAUUAUAGUUAUCAUGAAUAUUUUGAGGGUAAUUUGGCUAACUAACUGGAAAAUUAAUUGAGGAUUAACUGUUAUUUAGAUUGUUUUAAAAUGCAGUUUUCUGAUUAAGAAAAUGACCAUUGAUAUUAUUUUAACUUGAGUGAAUUUAAUCUGUAUUAAUUUAAGCAAUUUAAGAUUUAUUUUCAUGUUAUUAGCCUAUCUAAAUCAUCUAGUUGUUUUAAAUAUUUUCUUAAGUAAAUUAAUGAUUCUCAUUUAGUGCAUUUUUAUUAUUUUAGCUCUUGUCAAAAUUAUUAACUAUUUCUUUUUAAGCUCCUCCAUUCAAGUCUUGUUAAUUAGAUAAUAAGUUCAUAUGAUUUUACUAAUUUUGAUUUUGUAAAUAAGUAUUUGCUUAAUCAGACAUUGUCUUGGUUAAAUUAUUAUUUUUAUCCUUCUCAGAAGAAAAGUUCUAUUGAAAUUAGGGACUCUAAUUUUUUUAACUUUACUGCAUCUAGUACUAAUCAGUUAAAUUUUGAUAAUUACCAUUUUAGAUUUAUGGGUUAGAGGUAUUAUUUUGUAGAAUUAACUAAUUUUAAUUUUUUUAAGGAAAAUAUGAAAAUUUAAAAGUAUGUUAUGGAUUAUUAUUUGAAUUGUUUUAUUCUACAUCUAAAAUCAUAUCAUCUUAAUUUGGGUGAUGUGAGCUUUAAUCAAUUUAAGCUUCUUAUUUGCCAUUUUAAAUUUGUAGAUUAGAGAUUUUGUUUGAUAGAAUUUCUUAUCCAUUAAUUUAAUCACAUUGUUAAAUACUACUUUAAUCCUAUGAAUUUGGACUUUAAUUUGGUACGUUUUAUUAAAAGUUAUAAUCAGCAUAAUUGCUCUUACUGUUUUAACUCUUAUGAAUUUAGUUUUAAAAAGCUUAGUUCAUUUUUUAAUUGUCAUUUUAACACUGCGAAUUAGAGAUUUCCUUUGGUAUACAAUUGAAAUCCUGAUUAUUUUGAGGCUUAGCUGGCUAACUAAUUGUAAUUUAGGACUAAUUAUUAUUUUUUUUGUUUUAAGAUGCAAUUUAUUCAUGAAAAGUAUGAUCACUGAUCUUUUUUUAAUUUGAGUGAGCUUAGCCUUGAUUAAUUUAAUCAUAUUAAGAUUUAUUUCCAUCUUAUUAGCCACUCUAAUGAAAAUUGUUUUAAACAUUUUCUUAAGUAGAUUAUUUUAAUUCAUUAUUCUCAUUUUGUUUCUAAUUGAAUUAUGUUGAACUUGAUUUACCACUAUUUUAAUUAUUUGGAUUUUAUUAAACAAUUUCUAGUACAUCUUUAUUAUUUUAGCUCUUGUCGCAAUUAUUAACUAUUUCUUUUUAAG